AUGAGGGCCGAGGGUGCGGCGGAGGGGAGGGAGCGCGCGCAGUGGGAGGAGCGAGGGCCGGGGGAUGGCGUCGCGGGCCAGCGGGGCCGAGGACGCGUGGGCGACCACCGCCGCCCUCGGCCGCCCGCGGGCUUCUGCCAGGCACCUCAGGGCUCUGGCAUUCGGGCUCGGCCAGCCGGCGCGGGCGACGCGGGGGCUGGGAACGGGGGCGAGACGGGCGGUGCGACCCUGAGGCGCCGAGUUUAUUUAUUUUCACAAAUUUGUGAUCCAUUGUGUUUCUUUUACUCCCUGUCAGCAAACCCUCUUGGAAGCACAACGCCCAGAAAACCUGUCUUAUCUGUCAGUGCAAGAAAAAUUAAGGACAAUGCAGCUGAUUGGCAUAAUUUAAUAUUGAAAUGGGAAGCCCUCAACGACACAGGUUUUGCUACUGCAAAUAAUAUUGCCAACCUGAAAACCAGGUUAUGGAGCGAAGAUGCGGCCGAGUUACAGAGCAGCCCAGCUUCCGGGGAAGGUGCGGACAAGACGCUUCCGGAAUACAGCAAGGAGCUAGAGACGCUGUGUGAGGAGCUGCAGACCACCUUUGAUGCUUUGGCCAAAAUACAGAUGAAAAUGGAAAAGCUGUCCUCGACCACCAAGGGGGUUUGUGAGCUGGAGAACUACCAUUGUGGGGACGGGAGGCAUCGGCCACCCCUAUUUCACACGUGGCCCACAGCCCAUUUCUAUGAGGUUUCCCGCCAGCUGUCGGACAUGUACCAGAAGGAGCUUCUUCUGAAACGCACGGUCAUUGAAGAGCUAGCGCACACCACAGACCACGACCUCACCCUGAGCUACUUGUCAAUGUGGCUGCACCAGCCCUUCGUGGAGACCAACAGCAAGCUGCUUCUGGAAAGCAUGCUGCUCGAAACAGGGCACCGGGCCCUGUGACCUCCCAGCACAGCCUCAGAGUCUGAGCCCCCAGGCUCCCGACCACUGGCUGCUUCUGUGGCACCCAUGGUGGACAGUCUUUCACGUAAGACCCGGAGCUGUGGUGUGGCCACCCUCCGACCUUAGUGUCUUCCAGACUGGAUCAGUUCAGCGGCUCCCUGUGGCCUCCCCAGACGCCAUGCUGCUGGGAGCCAUCCGCCACACGGCGUCAUCUGCACCUAUUGUGAACCUGUCACCCAAGGGGACUUCUACAUGAAAUAAAGGAGUUCCUCACCAGAA